CCGGCUUUGACAUGAUCAACCUCGACGUCGCCGCUGAGCUCGGCAUGACGGUUCUCCGCGUGCCUGCGUAUUCGCCGUACGCUGUCGCUGAGCACGCGGCCGGCCUCAUGAUGACGCUCAACCGCAAGUACCACCGCGCCUACAACCGGACCCGCGAAUUCAACUUUAAGCUCCAAGGUCUCCUCGGCUUUGAUCUCCACGGCAAGACGGUCGGCGUCGUCGGUACCGGCAAGAUUGGCGCGCUCUUUGGCAAGAUCGCCACGGGCUUUGGCUGCAAGGUCAUCGCCUACGACGUCUACGAGAACGCCGAGGCCUUGAGUUACGGCAUCGAGUACGUCUCGCUCGAUGAGCUCUUUGAGCGCUCCGACAUCAUCUCGCUCCACUGCCCGCUCUUCCCGUCCACGCACCACGUGAUCAACGAAGAGAGCAUCGCCAAGAUGAAGACGGGCGUCAUGCUCAUCAACACGAGCCGCGGCGGCUUGAUCGACACCAAGGCGCUCAUCCGCGGCCUCAAGAACGACAAGAUCGGCAGCGUCGCGUUGGACGUCUUUGAGGGCGAGAAUGGUAUCUUUUACGAAGACCACUCGGGCGAGAUCAUGGCGGACGAGAACUUCACCAAGCUCUUUACGUUCCACAACGUGCUCGUGACGGGCCACCAGGCCUUCUUCACGAAGGAGGCAUUGAGCAACAUCGCCAAGACGACGAUGGACAACAUCAAGGCGCUCGAGACCGACGGGCCGUUCGUCAACGAGGUCAAGAAGCAGUAAAGUUUUGCACAUAAUACAUUUUGUC